AGUGUCUGGAGACCCCUCUGGCAGCAACUAUCUCUGGCAGCAGGACACCAGAAAGGCCUUGGAGCCCCCCAGGACCCAGGAAGCAGAAGGGCAGCAAAGCUGCAUAACAGGACAUGGAAAGUUCAAAGCUGACCAAGAAAAGAGCUGGUCGGAAGAGGCAGAGGAGCAGAUCUCCAGCCCUGCUCAAAAGGAACAUCGUGGGCUGCAGAAUUUCUCAUAAGUGGAAAGAAGGAGAUGAGUCUAUCACACAGUGGAAUGGAACUGUGCUGGAUCAGGUGCCAGUAAACCCUUCCCUGUACCUGGUUAAAUAUGAUGGGAUUGACUCUGUGCAUGCUCUGGAACUUUACAAAGAUAAGAGGGUAUUGUCCCUAAAAGUUAUCGCCAAGAGGGUGGUAUCUUCCGGAGUCACUGAUUCCAGCUUUGUUGAUGCCAUAGUGGGCAAAGAAGUUAAUCAUCUAUUUGAGGGUGAGCAUGGCUCUAAGGAAGAGUGGAGGGGGAUGAUCCGGAGCCAAGUGCCUAUCUUGGAUAACAGCUUUUAUAUUACUUAUGAGAGAUAUCCCAUAUUAUACACGUACCAGCUUCUGGAUGACUUUAAAGAGGGUGACCUACAAAUCAUGGAGGGAAUCAGUGACCCCCCUUCUUUAGACAUCGACCUGGAGCUUGUGGAUGGCCUGAUAGGAAAACACGUGGAAAACACAAAUGAUGACGGUUCCAAGAGGGAUGGCCUGAUCAUUUACCAGAUUGAAACAAAACCUAGAGUGUACCUCAUCAAGUAUGAAGAUGAUGUCCAUAUACAUGUCACUCACUUGGAGAAAGAGUUCUAA